CCCGGCUGCUUCCGUGUUCAGUCGAAAGGAGCCGAAAUGAGCCUCGAUCAGCGCACUUUCUACCAUUACUGUAGCUCAAGAAUCCACAGGAAGUCAUUGUCUCUCUAUAUUCCGCUGCAGAUAUAAUUAUCAGUGCUGCUGUUACGCGGAACAACUUGCAUAUUGGAUAAAAAAAAAAACAACGGAGCAGGUCAGAAGUCCAGGUCUAGGCAGGUGUCUUUUAAGCGACAAAGUUAGAGUCUGACUGAAAUCGAAAGUCGAUUCCAGCGGGAACACUCCACCCUGAGCACAGUCUGGAGGGACGGCAAGCUUCACCAUGUCCGCCGAGGACACGCUGAGGCGCAACAAAACAGGCAUUCAAAGGAUUUUAUGUGGAGAUGACAGGUUUAUACUCGACAAGGUCUUUGAGAAUGAUCUGAUAACUAAACGUGAAUAUAACAUUCUGAAAAGCAUCAGAGAAGAUGUGGAGGGACGUGUUGUUGAGCUUGUGGAUAAGAUCAUGAAUAAAGGAGAAGAGACCUGCCGAGACUUCCUGGAUCUCCUGCAAACUGACGAGGACAUUAAAUCAACCUUCCCGAGCCUGAGCAACAUCCAACUACCUGGUGCACGACCUUUACCCAGACCUGUCCAGGUCUCCUCAUCACACAGUGAGGUGUUUCUGGGACAAGACAACAAGAAUCCAAAGAUGGAUGACCUUUAUCCACUGAACAGCCAGCCGGUCGGCCUCUGUCUGAUCAUGAACAAUGUGAACUUCAUGAGCCUCGGAGUCAGAAGAGGAUCAGACAAAGAUGCUCAAAGUUUGGCAGAGGUGUUCAGUGAGCUGGGCUUCAGAGCGCUGAUGUGUAAAGACCAAACCAAGGACCAGAUGGAGCAAACGCUGACCUGGUUUUCCUCCCUGAACGACCACGCUCUGCCACCGCAGGAGUUCAGAGUUGAGGAGUGGUCUGGCACCGGAUUCACUGAACCUCAGCAGCCUCUUAAUCAUGGAGAUGCCUUCAUCUGCUGUCUUCUCAGUAACGGAAUGGAAGGUGUAGUUUUGGGGACUGACGAGAACCCUCUCGCCAUUAAACACAUCACCAGAACCUUCAGGGCGACCAAGCAGUCGGCCCUCAAAGGGAAGCCCAAAGUGUUCCUGAUCCAGGCCUGUCAAGGAUAUCAGAGAGUGGAUCCGGAGGAAGAUAAUUGUGGUGGUGGUUCCAUCCCUGCAGAAGCAGAUGUUCUGGUUGCCAUUGCCGCUGGUGAAGGUUUUGUAUCAUUUAGACACGUAAUAGAAGGGAGCUUGUUUAUCCAGUCUGUGUGUCAGCAGCUGAGGGAGCGCUGUCCAAGGGGUGAGGACUUAUUGACCAUCUUACAACAUGUGAAGAAUGACGUAGGUCAGAAAAGGUUCCCCAAUCGACCUGAUAAAAUACUGCAGAUACCUGUUGUGGCGUUCACCAUGACGAAGAAACUUGUGCUUUCACUGCAUCACCACUGAGGCCACGAAUGAUGAAAACACAGCAGACUUUUCUCAUAAUUAAAGGUGUAUAAUGGUUUCUUAAAACAUUUAUUGGCCUUUUUUAAAAUCAUUCUAAUCUCUUAUUCUAUAUCACAUUGAAUCUUUGUCUUUUAUACUGUCACACAUUUUCAUCAGAGAAUAAAACUGAAAUUCUGGGUGAUCA